AUGUACUCUUCAAGGAACCUGUUCCGCAUCAUUGUAGCCUGCAUCUUGGUGCUAGGCGUGCUGCUAAUUUACAAGCCGUCGUCUAUCCCACACAACCGCUACUGCAAUUCAUCGUCAGAUUGCUACAACUUGAUCAAAGACAGGGCAAAGCAGUUUCGAGAUUCCAGUUUGGCAGGUUACGGCGGCCAACAAGAGCCACAUCCUGAGCAGCAGAGACAGCAGCUCAAAGAGCAAGACGAAGCGUAUGAAGCCAUGUACCAAGACCCUAAACAGAUGCAAGAAAAGAAUGCCCUGGGCGUGUCCAUGGACGAUGUGCCUAAAGCUGCUGCUGCAGUUGCUGCUAUGAAAUUAGACCAAGAGGAUCAGCAAGUGAUAGCUCCCCAUGAUAGCGUUGAUGCCGAAUACAGGCGACUCACCGAUGCCACGUUACCGCGUGUCAAAGGUGCGUUUGUGGUGCUGGUCAGAAACAGCGAGCUGUAUGCCCUGCGUUCCUCCAUGCGCUACCUGGAAGACAGAUUCAACCACAAGUACAACUACCCCUGGAUUUUCUUGAAUGAAGAACCCUUCACCGAAGAAUUUAGAAAUAUGACUAGCAUGAUGACAAAUGCUGAAGUGCACUAUGGCUUGGUGCCACAAGAGCACUGGAGCUAUCCCGAUUACAUAGAUCAAGACUACGCAGCUCAGUGCAGACAGGAUUUAGCCGCUGAAGGCAUUCCAUACGGAGGCAGUGAGAGUUAUCGACACAUGUGCCGCUAUCAGUCAGGCUUUUUCAUGCUGCAUCCUUUGUUAGAUGGCCUUGAUUAUUAUUGGCGUGUUGAGCCUGGAGUUAAAUUCUCGUGUGAUAUGGAUUAUGAUCCAUUCCGUUUGAUGCAAGAAAGAGAUUUGAAGUAUGGCUUCACUAUUGCGCUGAGAGAAUACAGAGCUACUAUCCCUUCACUAUGGAAAACGACAUUAGAAUUCGCUAAAUCGCAUCCUCAGUACAUUUAUCCUCGCACAAGACCUGAUAGCUUGCUGAGACUCGUGAGCGAUGACAAUGGAUGGUCGUAUAAUUUGUGUCAUUUCUGGAGUAACUUUGAGAUUGCGUCUGUGAAAUACAUGCGAUCAGAAGGCUAUCAGUCCUACUUCAAGUACCUCGACGAAGCUGGAGGCUUCUUUUAUGAAAGAUGGGGUGAUGCUCCUGUUCAUUCCAUUGCUGUGGCUCUUAUGCUCAAGCAAAGCGACGUACACUGGUUCUACGACAUUGGUUACAAGCAUGAUAAUUUUGAGCAUUGCCCAACAGAAGAAAAAUGGCUCACCAACAGCAAAUGCUAUUGUGAACCUUCCACUUCGUUUGAUUUCAAUCUAGGUUCUUGUACAAACCUGUUCCUGGAUGUCAUGAAUAGAACUGCUUCAAGCUUCAUUGUCACUCGCCCUGAUCCAGAAGAUUUGCCAUUAUUAUAA